AUGUCGGAAAUCCAGGUUGUUGAAGCUCCAGGAGCUGACGAAAUCGCAGAGGCGAAGAAGUGGCCGACAUGGGACUGUGAACCUUCAAAGUUUCCUUGGUCAUACAGCCAGACAGAGACUUGUUAUGUUCUUGAAGGACACGUCACUGUUACCCCAGACGGAAGCCAACCAGUUGAGAUCAAGGCAGGGCAGAUGGCUACGUUCCCCAAGGGAAUGAAAUGCACUUGGGAGGUGCACACAUACAUUAAAAAGCAUUACAACUUUGAGUAA